AUAACUCGUACAGUAGGAAGGCUGAGGAGAAAAGCGGUGCUAGUGGAACAAAUCACUGUCACAACCACGUUUUGGAAAACUACUGAAAUCAGGAAUAAGCGGAUGAUUUAAAACAAACCACAAGUUCUCCUCCAGAUAAGAAACCAAAUGGGGAAUCUUUUAAAAGUGCUCACUUGCACUGAGCUUGAUCAGGGGCCAAACUUUUUCCUUGACUUUGAAAAUGCACAGCCCACAGAAUGUGAGCGUGAAGUGUGGAACCAGGUGAACGCUGUACUUCAGGAGUCUGAGAGCAUUCUGUCAGGCCUGCAGGCAUACAAGGGUGCUGGACAGGAGAUACGAGAUGCUAUACAGAAUCCAAAUGACAUGCAACUUCAGGAGAGAGCCUGGAACUCUGUGUGUCCUCUCGUCAUCCGGCUGAAGAAGUUCUAUGGCUUUUCGUUAAAGCUGGAGAAAGCCUUACAGAGUCUCUUGGAGUGUCUCACCUGUCCACCUUGCACUCCCACUCAGCAUCUGGAGAAGGAGCAGGCCCUGGCUAAGCAGUUUGCAGAGAUCCUGCAUUUUACCCUGCGCUUUGAUGAGCUCAAGAUGCGUAUUCCUGCCAUUCAGAAUGACUUCAGCUACUACAGACGGACGAUUAGUCGAAACAGAAUAAAUAACAUGAACCUGGACAUUGAAAACGAGGUCAACAAUGAGAUGGCAAACAGAAUGUCUCUGUUCUACGCUGAGGCCACUCCAAUGUUAAAAACCCUAAGUACAGCAACAACUAACUUUGUGACCGAGAAUAAGACGUUGCCCCUUGAAAACACCACUGACUGCUUAAGCACUAUGGCCAGUGUAUGCAAGGUCAUGCUAGAGACACCCGAGUAUACGAGUCGGUUUAACAGUGAAGAUACACUCCUGUUCUGCAUGAGGGUGAUGGUGGGUGUGAUCAUUCUCUACGACCAUGUGCAUCCCAACGGUGCCUUCACCAAGUCCUCAAAAAUAGAUAUGAAAGGAUGCAUAAAGGUUCUAAAAGAUCAGCCAGCUGAUAAUGUUGAAGGUCUCCUGAAUGCCCUAAAAUUCACCACAAAGCAUCUGAAUGAUGAGUCCACUCCAAAAAAUAUUAGAACAAUGCUGCAGUAAUUAUUUUCAUUUUUUAAAGCCAAGAGGAUCAGUGUACAGACCUCAAAAAGAUGUAUAUGUUUACAUUUAUUUAAGGACUUGAUGUUAAUACUUGUCUGUAUUUACAAAGCCAUUCCCACCAAUGUACUGCAAUGUAGAGAAACUGUAUUUGUUAUUCUAAACAGAACGGAUUGCCUCUACUGUCUGUAAGCACAAAUUAAUGAAACCAUGCAGCCUUAUCAACACUCAUCAUGCUCUCCUUGUCAUGUUCAAAUCAAAAACCGUCAUCAUUUUAACCAAAGGGGCUAAUGCACUGUGUAGUGUCUGUAUUCAGGGAUAAUUAUGCCUCGUACAAGUCACAUGGUAUUAAGCUAAAACACAUUCUCAAAGAGUGACUCGAACCUAUUUAAAUGAUUGUGUGGUUUUUUUCAUUAUGACUGAACAGUGUGCAGACAGCUCAGUAAGGUUAAAAGGCAACACUGUCCCCAUUUCUUUCUUGUUUUUUUUUUUUAAUUUGUGGUUUGGCUAAAAUUAUUUUGUUGUAUUUUUUUUGUGAUGUGUGCUUGUUUGUGUGCCUCCGCCUCUAACACAUACAUUAUUCAAUGCCACAGCUUUAAAUUUUGAAAUAAAAUGACAUUUUGAGUAUAUUUUAA